UAAGGCAGCGCUCUACGCCGUAGUCGCACGAUAUGGCUAUGUUUUCACAAAAUAAACAGCGAGUAUGGACCGAUUUCAUAGAAAAUGCUGAAAACUACACGAUGACGGAUUGACUUUACGCCCACUCUAGUCACAAUCCAAGCUCUUUUAGUAUUUGCCCUUUUUUUGGGUGCAGCUGGACGUUUUAUCGAAACUGAAUAAUUUCACUUAAAGUGGGGUGUAACGAUUCUAACCCUAGCUAUCGCAUAUCAAAAGUACACAUUACCAAAAUGUCUUCAGACGACGAAGAUUUAGCGUUCUACGGUACCCCAUUGGAUCCCAUUGAAGAAGAUGCGAUUCCUAGUAAAAAGCCAACUCCCAUUGAGGAACAAGAGGUACGAGACAAGUAUGGACGUAGAAGAUUCCAUGGAGCUUUUACCGGAGGAUUCUCAGCAGGAUACUUUAAUAGCGUUGGCUCAGAAGAGGGGUGGACACCAUCCGCUUUUAAGUCUUCACGCUCUGAAAAGGCGACUUCACAGUUCCAAAAACCGGAAGAUUUUAUGGAUGAUGAAGAUACAGGUGAAUUUGGUAUUGCUCCAAAAGUUCUACGAGCAACUUCUGAUUAUAAGCAGAGCUCAUCUCGCAAAAGACAUCUCAUGAAUUUAUCAACCGGACCUAUUCCUGGUCAACCAGUUCUUAGAGACAUUUUGCAACCAGCCAAAGAAACUGUUGGAGUCCGCUUGUUAAGAAGUAUGGGAUGGCGUCCAGGCCAAGGUGUGGGCCCACGUCUAAAUCAUCAGCAGAAGAAAACUCAACAGCGAGAGAUUAGGAAGGCUUCUAAAAAAGUAUAUGGAUGUCAGUUGUUACCCCAAAACACUUCAGCAAACAGUGAAAAUGAUUCAUCUGAUGAAUCAGAUAGUGAAUUGAAAUCCAUCACUUUUGCACCUGAUGACUAUGAAGCAUUUAUUGUUAAAACUAAAGAUGAUGUGUUUGGAAUUGGUUACAAGGGUCUUGAUAAGAGGCCUGUUCUUUCUAAGCAUGUUCAAUUAUUUGAACCAUCUUACCUUGGAAUGCAAGAGAAGAAGAAAAAAGUUGCAAUUUGGGGACAGGCAUUUGGGGUUGGGGCUCUUGAAGAAGAUGAUGAAGACAUCUAUUCAAGGGAUGACAUGUCCCAGUAUGACUUUGCUUUGGAAUCCAGUUCCAUGAUAGCUCAGCGGAAGAAGGAAGAACGAGCCUUGGAGAAGCGAGGGCAUCUUGCAUUGACUGCUCCUCGAGAAGCAGGGGCACCCCUAGAGGGCUUUAUUCUUGGCAAGAAUAAGCCGAACUCACAGAGAAAAUUUUUCCGACCACCAGAUCUACCUCCUGGGUUCAAGGCUUUCCAUGAAACAAGAACAUCAAGAUGGGAUGUGAACAGCAAAGGAGAAAAAGAAAAUGUUGCAAAGAAACAAGGUCUUGGAAGGCAUGAUCUGGAUGCAAGAGUAAGAGGGAGUAUAUUAGAUGAGCCAUUACCAAAACCCGCUGCACCUCCUACCAGUGAUGUACGUCCACCAGUACCUCAAGUCUUAUCAACAUCGCUUGCACAGUCACCACUGAUGGCUUCGUCUGACACUAUCCCUUUAGCUGGAACUAGCUCAUUUCGACCUUUCAUAUCUCAACCAGAAAAACAGGCUCGCUAUGAGAGGUUUUUAGAACUCACUAAAUAUGGUCAGAGAGAUUUACUGCCCACAAUUCAGCCUGCUUCUAUGACUGAGUGGGACAAAGAACAUGAAAGGAGUGAAUUUGAACAAGCUGCUCGACUGUACAAACCAUUAAGUGGCAUCAUGAAUGACAGGUUUGUGUCAGCAUCACAAUCAGACGACAGUUUGAACCCACUCAUUCCUGUAGAAAAAAUGAAACAUGGUAAUGAGGAAAUGCGAAAUGCAGCCAAAAUGAAAUUAUUUGGAAAACUAACUAGGACAAGAGGAAGUUGGCAACCUUGUGCUCUGUUGUGCAAAAGAUUCAAUGUUCCACAACCUUCUUGUCUUCCAGAAAUGACUCAGCCAGGUCAACGCCCCAGCUCUUUUUCGGUGUUUGACUAUCUAGAGGCCAGUUCUCAUAACACCUCAGUGGAAGUCCAACAUGUGGAGAAAGAAGACGCUUCUGACUGUAUCCCAACUGUAGCAGAACACCCUUCAAGUUCUCAAGCAAAACAAGAUAAGCCUGAGGAUGAUCUUAAUGAAGGACCUGAAGCUACCAAGAAGGUUCACAACAUUUCUGAUACAUUGGCAAGACUGCUAGCUGAUGAUACGGGAAAGGAGCAGCCAGAACCUGAAGAGAAACCUGACCUGUUCAAAGCCAUCUUCCUUUCAAGUAGUGAAGAUUCUGAAUCAGACUCUGAAGAUGAUACUGGUUCUCAAGCCAACACUGCUCUAGCAAAAAAUAUUUCCAAAGAGGAUCUUGUUGCUCCUCGCAAUCUAUCACCACCAAGGGGUAUAUUUGCUAAUCUUGACCUAGACGCUCUCAAUACAAGACCUUCAGAAAAACAGGAAGAAAAGACCACCGUAUCUGAAAGAGAAACUGGUGAAAUACAUCAUUCCUUGAUAAAAGAUGAUGCUCAAGGAGAUGAUAUGAUGUAUGGUCCAAGACUACCGACAGCAACGCCGAAAAUGAAUGUUCCAAGUUCUUCUGACACAUUUAAAUCACAUCGAAAAAGUGAGAGUGCCCUUUGGGUCGAGCGUAAAGUAAAAAGUGAAAAUACAAUUGCGUCAAGUGAUUCUGAUGAUUCUUCAUCAUCAGGUAGUGAUAAAAAGAAAUUGUCUAAGAAGAAAAAACACAAAAAAGAAAAAAAGAAGAAAAAAGAUAAGAGACAUAAAAAGCACAAGUCCAAGCAUAAAAGAAAAUCUUGAUUUGUCACUUUCUAUUACACCGUAUUGUAAACUCAAUUCUGUGAUUACUGAUAUGGAUUUAAAAGACUUAGCAUUGUAGUCA